CAACCAUUUGAACCAUUUGAACCAUUUUGGUUGCGGCAAAUUUACAAGUGUUGCUACUAUGCUGGCUCCCCAAAGUCAUUCUGGCUUUUAUAAAACUACGGUAACCAAAUGUUUUCUGGCAUUCAGUGUGAUAUUUUCCUUCAUUCUAUUAAUGCCAUUUUCAAAACGGAAAGAUAUAUUUACCUAUAAUUUAGAUGAUAUUUUCGAAAAUGGAUCGAUAUGGAGAUUAGCACUUUGCCAACUACCUUUUCUUAGUACAAAAGAUCUGGUAUGCGGUGGAUUACUGUUGUACUAUUUUCGAAUAUUUGAACGACGCUAUGGAUCAAGAAAAUUUCUGGCAAGCUUCCCUUGGUUUAUAUUAUGUUUUAUUAUUCUUAAUGCAUAUUUAGUCAUUCCUAUUUUAUUGUGCUGCAACGACAACAUUCGUCGAACUUUUGAUUGCUUUUAUUUUGAGGAAAUUAAACUUUUCACUUCAUAUACUUCCUUCUGGACCAUUUAAUUUGAUUUUCCCACUUUUUGUGCCCUAUUUUCUGGACAUUCCAUGGGUCCCCGUUGCACAUGUGAUGAGGAUCCCAAUAACUGGAAAAUCAUUUCCAUACAUAUUUGGAUUUGAAGUAAGUAUCCAGAUUUACCUACUUAUUACGUUUCUAGAUUGCUAUGACAUCUCCGGAAUCUUUAUUUGUUUGUAUAUGCGGUUUGGUAAGUUGUGUGUAAUAUUUUAUGCGUCAACCUAGAAAUUGGACUGAAUAUAUUCUUUACCAUCUCCACUGGUCCCUUUUUUAUCAUUGCACGCAAUUGAUUUUCUUAGUCAUAGAGGAGUUUUGAGUUUUGAUAACGACGAAUGUUUGGGCUUAUUUAAAUAAUGAUUGGAGCUGUGGUCGGUAGACGAUGUACAGUCACAUAAUAAGAGCCAUUUAUAAUUGCUCGAAAUCUUGAAUUAGUGACAUGGGUCCUCAAAUGGACUAUUAUCCAAAAAUAAUAACUUGCUUGCUAGCAUAGUAAGUUUUUCUUCCAGUAAAAUAAUAUGCAUGUUUGUAACACAUAAAAUACCAAAGAAAGUUUAUUAGCUGUUUGUUUAAAGGAGUUUUGUAGAGAUUAGUUCUAGUUUGUUGAAGAGUCGCAUGCUAGCAUGAAACAGCUGUUCAGUGUUCUGUGGUUCUAAACUGUACCCCGAUUGAGGUUAAUCUGUGAUAGGUACAAACUAUAACUAGAUGUCUUUUGAAGCAUCAUCAUUUACAUGAUAUAAGUUCGGCCACUCACAUACUAAUAAAAAUAGAAACCUAUGUAUAUCUCAAUUCAACUUCAUUCCUAGCAGAUCAGAGUCAGAUCGAUCUACUUCGUUCCUUCUAUUUUAUUACUUACAGUUAGUUAGUUUCAUCAGGUCAAUCUGUAUAGAUAGAUAUGUGUGUUUAAAAAUAAGUUUUUUUGGAAAAUGCUAUUUAUUUUCAUUAAAACGAUAAUAGAGUGCAGAGAUAUUUCUUUUCAGUGAGUAUUUCAUAGUGACUUAGCACCAGUAUAAAUAUAAUUUACGAUAACAGCAUAGUACCAAUCAAACAGUACUACUAUAUAAUAUUUCUGUUUCGCUAGUGAAAAUGAUGUUUAGUGAUUAACGACGCAACUGAAUGAAGCACCUUAGCGGCUAUCUGAACUUUGUAGUUCAGCGUACAUGUUAACAUUUGAAGCGAAGGACACUGAAUUUGAAUCCCAAUGUGAAUACCACUGGGAUGUGGGUAUAUCCAGCUAACGCGUUCAAAUUAGGACGAAGUGCACGUCGUGGAUUCCACUACUAGUCUCAGUUCAUCUGUUCUACAUAAUUAAGGUAAUUGUUCGUAAAAAAUUGAAAACUUGUGGUUCAGCGGUUGACAUAUAUUACGAAAUAUCUAAUAGUAUGAUUGGGGAGAUAUUUUAGCGUGGUAGAAUUAUCUAUAGAUACAAAAGUGAGAAAAGUUUAGAUAAACAGAAUAAAUGUUCACAAUCACUUGCUGAAUUGUAGUAUUAUAAUGUAAAAUUACUUUGCUGCCACUACAUUCUUACUACAAAUUACGCUUGAUGAAAAGCUAAUCGACAAAAAAGAAUUAAUUCACCUCAUUGUUUCCAUAAAUUUCUAAAUAGGGGUUUUUGCUUUACUUCAGACUAUUUAUUUUAACACAUAGAUAUUGGUACAAGGAGGCACCAAAUACAUAUGCGCCACACAAUUUUCAUUUGAUAUGUAUGUGAGCUGUGAUACUGCCCGGGUGCCCAAACCGAAGUAGGUGGUUUUCUUAGGGGGCCACACCCCGAGCCUUCGACCUAAAGGUCCGACCCACAAGGCAAUGGAGCAACGUCAGGAGAUGCAGUCCCAUGGUAACCGGUGACCAACGAUUGGUUCAUACGCCAUUUGUUCCAUCGGUAUCAUGGAGCCCAUGUUCAACGUUGGUUUGGGAUCAUGGUCUUCUAACUCCCCUAGGUGGACUCUCGGUGCCCACCAGCCUGGUUAAAGCGCCGGACAUUCGCUUUUCGUCCUCUCAAUUUCGUAAACAACACCCCUGGUGCGAGAAGGCAGUGAUUAGGACUUCUCUGGCAGUGGCUGUAUACACGUGAGAGCAUUUCGAGAAAGAGAGCUGGUUCUCUCCACCCUCGGUAGUACCAGGCGAUUCUAUAUAUUAGGAAGUAUAUUUAACUAUACUAAUCAGUAACUAUUUUUCAACUUCCUAGGAGUAGAAUAAAAUUUAGGUUAUACUUAAUAUUUAGACAAAUGUUAAUAUAAUUUAUAGUUUUUGUUAGAUAAUGUGACAUAUUUUCGUUUGAUUCUUUAAUUUUUCCAUUAUAACAGAUCACUGGUUUUACCUACUAUAAAAAUUUUUUAAACGUUCAAUCAAGACUACUAUUUCCUAAACGAGUUAUUCAAUUUGGUUCAAAAGUGAUUGGUCCAGUGUUAGAAACUCCAGCACCGAAAUAUAUAAAUAAACCAUUAGGUGCAACACUAGAAGUACAACGUCAAGUUGAAUUGGAUCGGAGAGAAAUAAGUUUAAUUGAAGCAACUAGACGUAUGCGUAGUAGAGAUUUGCCAUUCAAUAUGAGUCGUGUAUUGGUCGGUAAUCAGUAGUGAUAUUAUUUAUUUAUGAACAGAAAUAACUUUUAAAACUGUGAUGUUUCAUUGUAUUUUGAUUGCUUCUGCAACCAAUGAUUGUUCUAUUUUUCAAUGACAAUAUUGUAUUAAAUGUCAAACACAAUUUGGAAAUGUCUAUUUUUACUAAUAAAUUAUAAACUCAACAAAUACACACAUGUAUCACAUCAUUUUACCAAUAACUCAUGUAUGCAUCACAAAAAUUGCUCUUGAACAUUAUCUUCUGCAUUUAUUAUUGUAAAUGUUGAGGUUGUUUUUGUUUAUGUAUUGUAUGUUUGUUGCCUCUCUGUUUUUAAUAUACGUUUGACUUUAACGUGUAAAACUUGCAGUUUCAAUUCUCUUUAUGCAUCUUCCGCUCAGCACAAAUGCAUAUUCAUCAGUCAAAGUCAUCGUGGGACGAGUCGAAAUGAAUAUGCAUCAAAUUAAUCUAUCCAUUUGACAAGUCUCACUUAAAUGUGACUCUCUUUAACGUUUCCAAUCAAUAUACCAAUCUUUACUCGUUAUUAAUUUGACUCACACAGUUGAUUAGAUUUAUUGCAUUUGUAAUAGGUGUAUAAAUGGGAUCAAUGUAUGAUCUAUUCAGUUUAGACAGAAAUAGUAUUUCAUAUGUAUCUAGUUUAUUGUCGAUUACAAAGAAGUAUAAGUUAACAGUGGAAUUCUCUGUUCAAUAAUCAUUGAGAAUCCAUUCUUUGUUUUUUGUAUACAGUGUUAUUGCCUACUCCAUUCUCGUUCAUUUUAAUACCCUUACUCCUCCUUUUGAUGUUGCUUCUUAAAUUAUGACAAGUUAAAUUUAUGUAUUUAUCCCACAAUGUUUGUUUCAUUAACUCAUUUUUUCUACAUUCUGUUAAUCCCGGUUUUCAUACAUAAAGAUUUUCUUUUAGUUUGUAUACUUCAUAAUGGAUGUAAAGUAUUAUCAUUUAUAUGUAGCUACAAGUAUACAUUAUGAUUUAUUCAGAUCAAAAUAUUCACACAAUAACUUGAAGUCGUGUAUGUUUGAAACUAUUUCUGACUGCCAAGAAUAAGUCACUUAUAAUCCACUUUGAU